UUUCUACUCUAUCACCCACCCUCUCUCUUUCUCUCUCUUCCCCUUUCUCUUCCCUCUGUAUAUAAAUUCUUCCCCUACUUCCAACCCCCUCGUGAAAUCACUCACUCUCUCUCUCUGACUCUGAUUGUUCGCUUUCUCUCUCUACAACUACUCAUCAGCAAACCAGAAACCCAGACGUUGCAGCGAAAAGUUGCAGCUUCAGUUUCAGUUUCAGUUUCAGAAGUACGUACACACACACAAACAUAUAUAUAUAUAUAUAUUUUAUAUAUAUAUGCCUCAUCAUCCUUUGAGUUAGUUACCUAACGGUUUUUUUUUUCACCCUUGUACCGAAUUUGGCCUUAUUCUCCUAUCGAAUUUACAUCCCAAUGCCAUUUACCUUGCUCAACUGCUAGAUCUGAAACACAAGAGCUAUUUCGAAACCCCUGAAAAAAAAAAAAUGAUCACUUGGAAGGACCUCUACACCGUCUUGACGGCGGUGAUUCCUCUAUACGUGGCUAUGAUCUUGGCCUACGGUUCGGUUCGCUGGUGGAAGAUCUUCUCUCCCGAUCAGUGUUCCGGGAUAAACCGUUUCGUUGCGAUUUUUGCAGUGCCUUUGCUUUCUUUCCAUUUCAUCUCUACCAACAAUCCUUACAAAAUGAACUUCCUCUUCAUCGCUGCCGAUACUUUGCAGAAGAUCAUCAUGCUUGUCGUUUUGGCAAUCUGGACCAACUUCACUAGGAAUGGAAGCUUGGAGUGGAUGAUCACUAUUUUCUCACUUUCUACUCUCCCAAACACUCUGGUUAUGGGCAUUCCUUUGUUGAUUGCUAUGUACAACCCCGAAGCUGGUAGUCUCAUGGUUCAGGUGGUUGUGCUCCAGUGCAUCAUUUGGUACACUCUCCUCCUCUUCCUGUUCGAAUAUCGCGGUGCAAAGAUGUUGAUCAUGGAGCAGUUUCCUGAAACCGCAGCUUCCAUUGUCUCCUUUAAGGUCGAUUCCGACGUCGUUUCGCUCGACGGCCGAGAUUUCCUCGAAACUGACGCCGAAAUCGGUGACGACGGGAAGCUUCACGUUACGGUGAGGAAAUCCAACGCGUCGAGGAGGUCUUUGGGACCGUGCUCACUUCCGGCAUUGACUCCCCGGCCAUCGAACCUCACCGGCGCCGAGAUUUACAGCUUGAGUUCUUCGAGAAACCCGACGCCGAGGGGUUCGAAUUUCAACCACUCCGAUUUCUACUCCAUGAUGGGAGUCCAAGGGUUUCCAGCCAGGCAUUCGAAUUUCGGCCCCGCAGACUUGUAUUCCGUACAGUCUUCGAGGGGACCGACACCCAGGCCGUCGAAUUUCGAAGAGAAUUGUGCUCCAAUGGCUCAGACCAUAAACUCACCGAGGUUCGGAUUCUAUCCGGCGCAGACAGUACCCACAUCGUACCCGGCUCCGAACCCAGAGUUCUCAUCCACCGCCACUAAAACUUCGAAAAACCAACAGCAGCAACAGAUUCCGGCAACGGCGCCGGCGCAGCAACCGCAACUACAGCAGCAAGUUUCAGCGGUCAGCAAAGCGAACCACGAUGCUAAGGAGCUCCACAUGUUCGUAUGGAGCUCGAGCACUUCUCCUGUAUCGGAAGGUGGAGGACUCCAUGUAUUCGGCGGAGCAGAUUUUGGUGCUUCCGAGCAAUCUGGGCGGUCCGAUCAAGGUGCGAAAGAGAUCAGGAUGUUGGUUGCUGAUCACCCCCAAAAUGGAGAAAACAAAGGCGUUCCUGAGAGUGAGGACUUUGGUGGGGAAGCCUUGAGCUUUGCAGGGAGGGGUGAAGGAGAGGAAGAGAGAGAAAAAGAUGGACCCACUGGACUUAAUAAGCUGGGGUCCAGUUCCACCGCAGAGCUGCACCCAAAGGUGGCCGGAGGUCCAGAUUCAAGUGUCGGAAAACAGAUGCCUCCGGCGAGUGUUAUGACCCGUCUGAUCUUGAUCAUGGUAUGGCGCAAGCUCAUCCGCAAUCCCAACACGUAUUCCAGCCUCAUUGGCCUUGUUUGGUCUCUCGUCGCUUACAGGUGGCAUGUGACGAUGCCGAAAAUAAUAGAGAAAUCAAUCUCAAUUCUGUCAGAUGCUGGCCUUGGAAUGGCUAUGUUCAGUUUAGGUCUCUUUAUGGCUCUUCAACCCAAGAUAAUUGCUUGUGGGAAUUCGGUGGCCGCUUUUGCUAUGGCCGUGAGGUUCCUUACCGGUCCAGCUGUAAUGGCUGCGGCCUCUAUUGCUGUCGGCUUGCGCGGUACCCUUCUCCAUAUCGCCAUUGUUCAGGCUGCACUUCCACAAGGAAUUGUUCCUUUUGUGUUUGCAAAAGAGUACAAUGUUCAUCCAGCCAUUCUAAGCACUGGGGUUAUAUUUGGGAUGUUGAUUGCGUUACCAAUUACUCUUGUCUACUAUAUAGUUCUGGGAUUGUAAAUUUUUCCACAAGUACGUAGGUGAGAUACAAAGCAGAAUGAAGAGGCCUUUUUUUUUUUUUUUUUUUUUACCACCACUGAAUGUAUGUCACACUUUGGAGUAUGAAGCACAUCCAAUUAAGUUCCUAGUAUCAUGAGGAUUUUCCGGCAGAGAUGAAGAUCAGAGAUAGAAGAAUUCGCCAAAGAUUGGUUCCAAAAUUUUUGGAGCUUAGAUAUUUGACUUUAAUGGAAGGCAAAAAAAAAAAAAAAGGGAAAAAAAAAAAAAGCCUUGUUAUAAGGAUCAUGCUCCCUUCGAAAGGCCAAGGAUUGUUUAAUUUUUCUUAAGCAGCACAAAGGGAAGCAACCUAAGCCUGUGUAGUCUAAUAAGAGAGAAAAGGGGGAGACAGAGAAGAGAAAAACAAGGGGAGUUAAAGGAUUUGGUAAAGGUGGUCAAUGAUAUAUCUAAUUGAUUCUCUUCAUUUUGGUUAGAAAAAUGUAGUUUAGAAUUUUGUUUUUCAAAAAUUCCUCCUCUUACUAUGAGAAAUAUGUGGCACAAGCUGUUGGUGAAUUGAAGAAAAAGAAAAGAAUAUUAUUUUUUA